AAACCCUAAAAAACCAAAUCAAGCUUCGUGGUGGAGGUAAGAGGAAGAUGAUGAUGGCGCUAGAUAAGCAUAUAGAGAAGGUGCUUUUCAGCGAUGAAGUAAUCGCGGAGCGUGUGGGUCAACUUGGAUCCGAGAUUACUUCUGAUUUCUCUGGUGACUCGGAAUCGCCUGUUUUCGUCGGCGUAGCUACUGGUGCUUGCCUCUUCUUGGCCGAUCUCGUUAGGCGAAUUGACUUGCCCAUCGCUAUUGAUUACAUCAGAGCUGAGUCUUACGGCUCUGGUACAGUAUCCAAUGGACUUCCCAGAAUAUCGUUUGACUUGAAGCUUGACAUCACGAACAAGCACGUUGUCUUGGUCGAGGACAUUGUAGAUACUGGCAAUACACUUAGCUGCCUGAUUGAGCACCUAAAAUUGAAAAAGGCAUCAUCUGUUUCGGUUUGUACUCUCCUUGACAAGCCAUCGAGAAGAAAGGUUCAUUUUAAGCUGGUUGGAAAUGGGAAAUUCUACAGUGGUUUUGAAUGUCCAGAUGAAUUUGUUGUGGGCUAUGGCAUGGACUUUGCAGAGCAAUACCGCAACCUAUCUUACAUUGGCGUAUUGAAGCCUGAAUAUUACAUGUAACAAUAUUACAUGAACUCAAAGUCAGUUCGUCUGGAAAGAAACCCAGACUUCAUAAAAUUACUGGGCAUCAUGAGAUCUUUUAUGACUUGCCCCUGUUUUAUUGGUCAAAGCAGUAAAACCAAAGUUCUACU